AUGUGCUGGGACCCUGUGGCUGUGGAAGGGAUUCAGGAGGGGCCAGCAGGGCUUGAUCAAUGCCAGGGACUCACAGCAACUCUGGGUGCUGUAGGGCUGGACCAUGAGCUGGCUUUCUCCAAGAUCAUUGUGGAGCUACGGAAGAAGCACCCGGGCCACAUCCUGGCAGAUGAGGACCUGCAGUGGGUGUUCGUGAAUGCGGGCGGGUGGAUGGGCUCUAUGUGCCUCCUGCAUGCCUCACUCACCGAGUAUGUACUGCUUUUUGGGACAGCUGUCGACACUGGGGGCCACUCAGGUCGGUACUGGGCAGAUAUCUCCGACACCGUCAUCUCGGGGACCUUCCGGCAGUGGAAGGAGGGGACCACCAGAAGUGAGAUCUACUAUCCAGGGGACACCAUCGUGCACCAGGCGGGAGAGGCCACGUCAGUACAGUGGAGCGCAGGCACCUGGAUGGUGGAGUACGGCCGGGGCUUCAUCCCUUCCACGCUCGCCUUUGCCCUGGCUGACACCCUCUUCAGCACUCAGGACUUCGUCACGCUCUUCUACACCCUGCGUGUCUACGCCAAGGGCCUGCUCCUGGAAGCCAAUGCCUUCUUCAGCACCUUGGGCUGCUGAGCCCGGCUCGCCGGGAUGCCCUGCCAGGCACGGCUGGCUCCUCUCCUCCCAGCCUUCCUCCCUUUUGCUCCUCCUCCUCCCCGAGCCCCGGCUCUAGC